UGUUGAAAAUUUCAUUGUGGAGGUUAACAUAUUGUAAAGUGAAAGUAGAAGUAAAUGAAACACAAUUAUCAGAAGUGAUAAAUGUAUCCUCCAUGAAGUCACAAAUGCAAAACGUCAUAGAACAUCUGAAGGAUGAUUUUAUAAAAAACUUGUCUUUACGUUCUACAACAGGUUCCAUUGAAUUGUUGCCUGUGAAAUUUGAGGAAAAAGAACAUACCUUGCAGGAACUUGCUCAAAUUGUCAGAAAAAAUCCCAAAACUCUUGUAAUAAAUAUGUCAAUAUUUCCACAAGCUAUUCCAGCAGCACUGAAGGCUAUAGAAACCUCAGGAAUGAAUUUGAAUCCACAACAGGAUGGUACAACAAUUUACAUACCAAUACCCAAAGUAACAAAGGAACAUCGAGAAAAUCUUGCAAAAAAUGCGAAGCAGUUAUUUACAAAAUGUAAGGAUGGAAUUAGAGAUGUCCAGAUAAAACAUGUUAAACAAGUUAAACGAAAAGAAGGCCUUUCACAAGAUCUUGCAAGAAGUGUUGAAGCUCAAAUCAUUGCAAUAGCUGAUGGUUUUAUAAGUGAAGGAGAAAAAAUAUAUGAAGCUAAAAAAGAGGAACUAAUUGGAAAGGAUUAACUGUUCCUUGCAAAAUUGAUGAAUCAACUAUAUUAAUGCAGCUAGACCAUGAUUGCAAUGAGCUAAGUUCAAAUUGAUUGGACUGCCAGUAUAUAAAAAUGCAUACCUCUUAUCAAAACAGAGUGUAUCACUGGCAUUUAUUUUCUCAAUUUGUUCAUUGUAAUAUAUUCAUUCAUUAUAGAAUGUAUGUCCUAUGAA